UCGUUUCAAAUUCGCGUAUUCCCAGGCGAACUCGCGAAUGCACUCGGUAGAAAAAAAGAAUCUCUGGUCGGGGCAGUAAAGUCUGGUUGCGUUCCAGACUCGGGGCGUCGUAAACCGAAGAUCUCGCAGCUAGUGUGCGAGUACCUGAACCUCGGCAAGGGUAAGGAGGGUAUCGUCAGGAGGGGUGCAUUGGCAUCGCCGGGCAGGUGCCGGUUCUGCAACCGAGCGAAAGCUCCUCGCGAGGAAGUUUUGGAUUCCGUGGAUUCCCGCGCGACCAACAGAAUGGCCAACAAACGGAAGGACUCGUCCAGGAAUUCCAAGGUGCACCACGCAAAGCGGCGACCUACCCCUAGAGACCAGUCCCUGUCGUCCUGCAUGCACAAGGUCGCCAAAGGCGAAGGUGUAAGAAAAAUGAAGACGUACAUCCAGAGAGCCAUUGAUUUCGGCGUGGAAUCUGGCUACCUGAUUCCGAAAGACGCAGCGUACCGAGUCCUACGGGUGUCUUCCGACCUGAUGAAAGACACGAAUUACAAAGUUCGGAAAUACGAUGCCAGGAGCUCACGUCGCACACCGAUCAGAUUCGAGGAUUACGAGGUGCAGGAUGCGAGGAGGCGUCGAUCCCGCCGAAGGAGGAGACGGUCUAGGCGAAGGAGAAGCGGAUCUAGGAGGCGAAGACGAUCGCGCAGGAGACGCGGAAGAAGGCGCGACGCAUCUGGCGACGAGGAAGUGGUCGAGGUCGACAACGAGGAGUACGAAGACGACAAGGGUGAGAAGAGGAGGAAUGUGGACAACGUUAAGAGAGACGACGGCAACGAGCAGAUGAACCAGUCCGACGGGGAGAAAACGGCGAAUAAAAGGGACGAUGACGGGACGGAAAUGUCGAUGGACGAAGAGGAGUCCGAGGACGAAGAGGAUGACAAAAAGAGAGAGGAUACGACCAAAUCGUAGUCGCAAAAUUGAUCGUGCAACGACGUUAUUGGUCAUACAUCGCGAAAUUAAUCGUGCGACGAUGGAAUCUUGUCUCUGUGAUGAAAAUGUUUCUUAAAUCUUAACGACAGUCGUAAAUUGUUUGGUUCUUAAAAAUUAAUCGGUUCUAUGGUCGUGGUGAUUCAUACGAAUGUACAUCGAAAUACUUGUAUUACUUUUUAAACAAUAAAGUAAUAGUAUCGUAGAACAGGUCGUCUAAUUGAG